AUGACCAUCGUGCCCUCGGAAGAGGCCGAAGCCACCAGCAACCCCCCACAUGGCCCUACUGAGGCCUCCCUGGGCACCGAGGCUGACCACAGGCCUGCAGAGGAUCCGGCAGGAGGGUCCCAAAGUCAGGUGCCCCUCCCUGCCGACGCCUCAGCAGAGGGCAGCGCUGCAGCGGCCCCUGAGCACCGAGAUGUAGAUCAGGCCGCCUCCGAGGCCCCGCCAACCUCUGGGGACAAAGACGAGAGUGAAGCUGCUCCCGGCAGCGGCCAGGAACCUGAGGAGAUCACAUCUCUGGUGCCCCAGGACCCAGGGGCCCUGCAGGUGUUCGUGGGCCGUCAGAACCUGCUCCCAGUCGGGGUAGCUGACGAUGAAAGCGCUCAGGGUGGCGUGGCCUUGCUCAGUGACUCCAAGGCCCAGGAAAGGACGCCGCCAAAGGCGAGUGGCCCCAAGAGUCAGCUGGUCUUUGCUCUGCCCCCCACGGGUGCGGCCGACCCAACCACUGCAGCCACUGGUGGCCUGCGUCACCCUCCACCCACUGAGGUCACCAAGGCUGCUGAGAAAGUUGAGGGGUCCCAGAUGGUGACCGGGGAGGAUCUGGUGGACAGUUCCAAAGAGCUGCGGGUCCAGUCCUUCCCUCCCUCCCCGGCCUGCAGUGCACCCCCUUCACCAUUGCCCAGCCCCCACGCGGAGGCCCCGGGGAGGAGGCUGCUGGACUCCGAUCUCUACAUGGCCGACGAGGACAGCGGCUACAUGCGCUCCAUGACCAGCCUGCUGGGCGGGGGCGAGGGCUCCAUCAGCUCCCUGGCCGACAUCCUGGUGUGGUCAGAGCCCAUGGGCAUGACCAUGGCCAUGGGCUUCCUGGCCACUGGCCACAGCUCCCCAACGGAGCUGCUGCGCAGCACAGGGCCCAGCCUGCGCUCCGUCUCCAGCAUCCUGGGGAGUGCCAGCUCGACCUUCACCUCCGGGCUGGCCACCGGGACCGGCUCCACCCUGCGCUCCGUCACCCAGGUGCUAGAGUCAGUGGAGCGGAGGACCAUGGAGAGCAUCCGCUCCGCCAUGCGCUACCUGACCAGCCACCUCGCCCCACGCCGGUUCCAUGCUGGCCCCAGCUGA